AUGGCCACAAACGGGGUUCAAGCUUCUAACCCCCUUGUACACGACCAUCCUACGCCCUUGAAUAUCGCCAUCGUGGGCGCCGGUAUAGGUGGUCUCUCGGCUGCGAUCGCCCUGCGCCGCAGUGGUCAUCAUGUCGAGCUCUACGAGCAAUCCAGAUUCUCUAGUGAGACCGGUGCUGCUGUGCAUCUAGCACCAAACGCCAAUGGUAUCCUGCGCCACUGGGGUCUCGUUGCCUCGACCUUCGGCGCCAACAGCAUGGACAAGAUAAUGGAGUACAACCCAGCUGGGGGCGUCAUCAGAGAUAUUGAUUUGACCGGGGCCAACGAGAUGUGGCAGCACCCAUGGGAGUUGGUCCAUCGAGUUGCUCUCCAUGAUAGACUCAAGGAGACUGCCACAGGCAAGGAUGGACCAGGACCUGCCGCCACCCUGCACACUGCCAGCAAAGUCGUCAACGUAGUGGCUGAAUCCGGCAAACUGAGCCUUGAAGACGGAACCACCAUCUCUGCCGAUGUGGUUAUAGGGGCAGAUGGCGUCUAUUCCAAGACGAGGAAAUUUGUUCACGGCCAGGAGUCAAAUCUGUUCAGCUCAGGAAAAGCCGCUUUCCGCUUUCUUCUGCAGAGAAAAGAUGUGCUGGAGGAUCCGGUCACAGCGCCUCUGGUGGAGCAUCUCAAUACGCUCAGCUUAUGGUUUGGUGCGGACAGGAGGGUCGUAAUGUACCCGUGUAACCAUAACGCAACGCUCAAUUUUGUGUUCAUACAUCCGGAUACCGAGUCCCAUGCCACCCAGAGCGAUGCAUGGAACAAGCAGGGCUCGAUUGAGCAGGUGCUGAAAGUGUAUGAGGAUUUUGACCCGGCCUUGAAGAAGCUGAUCAGCAAGGUUGAUCCUGCAGAGCUCAAGGUCUGGCAAUUACUGGACAUGGAAAAGCUCCCAUCCUGGACGAAAGACAAGCUGGCCCUCCUUGGGGACGCAGCGCACCCGUUCACUCCUCACCAAGGACAAGGCGCCGGUCAAGCCAUGGAAGACGCCGUAGCACUCGGAACCGUUCUGCCCAAGGGCACCGACCCAGCCGAUGUUCCGGAACGACUCAAGCUCUACGAGAAGAUUCGAUACGACAGAGCUCACAUGAUCCAGGAAUAUUCUAGACAGGCCGGAAAAGACUGGGUGGAUGGCAAGCCCCAGAUCGAUAUGAUGUCCUACACUGCGUACAACUUCGGUCACUUCGAAGUCGAUAACUCGGCAAACGUAUUCAAGAGAUGGCUGUGGUCCAAGAAACCCGAUCUGUACUGGAGGAUGCCCCUCUCCUUUGGGCCAUACCCGGGCCCACGGCAAGACGCACUCGGCCGUAUGCAAACAGGCCACUCUCAGCGCGUCUUCAAGACGACGUCAGUCAAGUUCAUCACCUCAAGAACAUAUCUCGAGACGUUAUUCCCCACGUCGUCCUUCAGAUUCAAGAGCCUGGCCACCAUAUGCACGGCCAGCUUCUCCGUCACAACGCUCGACAACAUGUCUUGGCUGGGCGGCGACGGCUACAGCCACCUGGGGCUCUACAUCCACGGCGUGGAAUACCAGAAGAAGGACGGGUCCUCGAUCGUCGGCACGUACCUGCCGGUCCUUUUCGAGAACCUGGCCGACCCCAUCAUCUCCGGGCGGGACGAGCUGGGCAUGAACAAGAUCCACUGCGACCUGGCCAUCGACCGCAGCAAACCCUCGUCAUACCGCGCGACCGCGUCCUGGCGGGGCGUCAAGUUCCUCGACCUGGCGCUGGACGACCUCGAGGCGGACGCCGAUGACGCGAGCACGGAGCACGGCACCAUCGGCGGCGAGAGCGACUACGGCAUCCUGACCUACAAGUACAUCCCCGCGACGGGCGAGCCGGGCAAGGCGGACGUCGAGUACGCCUGCGUGGUCCCGCACGCCGAAGAGGCCAGGACGGUCUCGCCCACCGUGCAGUCGGUGGCGCGCUCGUCCAAGGCCAGCAUCAAAUUCGACGCCGGCGACUGGGACAGCUUGCCCACGCUGCAUCACAUCGCUGCGGGCCUGGCGGGGGUCCCCAUCUACGGCGUCGUCAGCGCGAAGGUCGUGGAGGGUCUGGGAGUCCCCGACGUUGCCUCUUGCCGGCGGAUAGAAUGA